AAAUACAUUUUGAAUUACGGCGCCAGAUUGCUAAGAAUAACCUUUCGUGUGGACAGUCAACAACUUCAAAUUAUGAAAAAGCGACAGUACCUUUUGAGAAGAAAACGUAAGCCAUUUUAUGCUUAUUCUAAUAAUUUCAAUUAGAUUAAAUAACAAUUAAUUACAUGAAGGAUCUAUAACACAAUAGACUCCAUGCAAUACUGAUUUGGAUUAUAGAUUGCCAAUCGUUUUUACUUACGUUUAAUAAUUCAAAAUAAUUUAUGUAUAGGUUAUUUCAAAGGACUAGCUGUUUUACUUAAUUGCCUAUAAAACUGGAUCUGCCAAAAUAUUCCUUUAUAGGCUCAUGGGGGGUUAUCUGCGACGGGUCAAAUAAUCAGUGGACGAUCAUUUGAUAAUAAGCUGCGAGAGGGGAAAUUUUCCGUGUUACUCAUGCCGUCUAUACAUGCAGUUAUAGAAAAUAAAUGUUUUUCUCACCAAAUAUCGCGUAAUAUUAAUGUUAUCAUCUAUUUACAACAUGAGCGGCCGUGUUAUAUCGGAUAUACAAACUCGAGUUGAAUAGAUUACGGAAGCCGUGAAGGGACUUCAGACUUCGGACUUCGGAGUUCAGACUUCAGACUUCGGACUUCAGACUUCAGACUUCAAACAUUGGUUCGGAGCUUCGCUAAUAGCCAACAUUGCUCAAUCUGCGAAGCUGGCUUAUAUUUAAGGCACUUAUUCAGUCAAAGCUAUAUUCAAACUAAAGUCAAAAAUGGUCAGAAUGAUUUAGAUUGUAAAUGCAGACUGUUGGAAUGUGUCAGUGAGUUCUGACAGUUCUUUGCAGGUUUAAAGGCAGAACGAUAAAACAUAUAAUACUAUUGUUUGUAGAAACACCACGUAAAUUUAUUACUGCAGUAAAUUUAUUAACUUUAUUCUGUAAAUUUAUCAACUUAAGUAUAACACGCGCUCAAAACUAAUACGUACAAUAUACCACUUGAGGUUAUGACUCAAUUCAAAAUUCAGUUAUUUUUCGAAACGUUUCUCAAUCGACAAACAAACUUAAAAAGUAUGUUUAGUGCUUUAUCUGUAAAAUAAUGCUAAAUUGAAGAGAUUUUAGAUUAUGCCAAAGAGAAAAUUAUGUCUGAAGUUCAGUAAGCUUGCUUAUAUUGCUCGGCUUAAAUAUGGCGUCAAUUUUAAAGCAUCAUUGAUAAUUGUAUUUUAAUUGACAAUUUUUAACGAUGAUUUUAUGUUUCUCAACCGGCAGAUGCAUUUAAAAAGGUAGCUAACUGUAUAAACUAAAGAAUAAAGCAAAAACAAAGAGUAACAAAGUGAUUCUAAGAGGAGGAACGCACUAAAAGCAAUGUUGGCUAUUAGCGAAGCUCGGAGCCAAUGUUUGACAAUCAGACUUUGGACUUCAGACUUCGGAGUUCAGACUUCAGACUUCGGAGUUCAGACUUCAGACUUCAGACUUCGGACUUCAGACUUCAGACAUUGGUUCCGAGCUUCGCUAAUAGCCAACAUUGCUUUUGCGUUCCUCCUCUUAGAAUCACUUUGUUUUUGCUUUAUUCUUUACUUUAUACAGUUAGCUACCUUUUUAAAUGCAUCUGCCGGUUGAGAAACAUAAAAUCAUAGUUAAAAAUUGUCAAUUAAAAUACAAUUAUCAAUGAUGCUUUAAAAUUGACGCCAUAUUUAAGCCGAACAAUAUAAGCAAAACUUACAGAACUUCAUACAUAAUUUUCUCUUUGGCGUAGUCUAAAAUCUUCUCAAUUUAGCAUUAUUUUACAGAUAAAGCACUAAACAUACUUUUUAAGUUUGUUGCCGAUUGAGAAACGUUUCGAAAAAUAAAAAUUUUGAAUUUAGUCAUAACUUCAAGUGGUAGACUAGGUUACCCACAGGGCAGUAAUGCUGCCUUCGACAGCAAAAGACAAACUACAGGGUGUUGAACGAGUCCUUUAGAAACAUCCUAUUAUUGUUAUCCUUGCAGGUUAACCCAUUUAUUGGCGGUACCCUACCACUGACUGAGUAUUAAAAAUCGUCUGGCGUUGGACAGGGUAAUUACUAAAGUAGGGGUCAUUACUGUGCUGAUGGAUUAACAAGAGACAUUGGCAGAUAGGUUUGUUAACCCAUUUACUGGCAGUACCCUAUACCACUGACGACUAAAAUCUUCUGGCGCUGGACAAGGGAAGGGCGCAUUGCCAGCUAAUGGGUUAAACCACCGUGGUUAAACAUAAGAUUUGAUGCUCCAGGAAAUGUAAACAAGCUAUCAGUGUAACAUUCCAGUUUAUAUAUUUAUAUACUCGGAAUAUUGAUUUCUCGGUAUAUACAAAAUUAUUUUAAAGUAUAACAACCAGCGAAGAAGUAAGCCACUAACUACCCUGCGCGGCUGCGCGCAGACUAUAUAAUGACAUAUAUAUGUCAUCCGUCCGGUCCGUCCGUCAUUCAUCCGUCCAUCCGUAUCCGCGUUUUAUCCUACCCGUUUUUAAAACACAAAGUUUGCAUAAUUAAGGAGUGCGGUUCGUCAUGAUCAACAUUUUCAAAAGCGGCCAAUUAGACCAGGGGUUAAAGGUCAAUGACAAUGACAUGCAAGUGACAUUUAACAUUGCGUCUCACUAAUUAAAGUUUGCGUGUUUAAUGUUUAUCAAAGAAAGCAAAAAUAUAUACAAGACAAUCUCACAUGUGGAAUUUGUUCACUUACGUACUGCCUUGUGAUGCAGUACAAGUAUAAAUACAAAAGACAAAGCAUUUGUAAAUCCUAAAACAUAAUUAAAUCAUACGGCACAUUCAAGAUUUUAUUAAAUAUCGUAUUUCAGCCGCGUUUAUACUGCUUGGCGCAUUCGCUGCGUUAUAUUCAUUUAUAUACACAGAAAAGCAUCAAGCAUGUCAUUGUCCUUGCAGACCAUAGGCAAAAAGCAUUUGUCAACCACAUACCAAAUUUAAGCAAUCGUUAAAUCAUAUACAUGUCAUGGAAAGAAUAUGGAAAUAAUGUUGAAUGAAAGCUAGCAUCGCGUAUAAUGUUAAAAGCACCGCAUAUAGUGCUCGAACCACUGCGUAUAUUAAUUGCAAAAGCAACGCGUAUAUAAAUGGUGAAAGCACCGCGUAUAAUGCUGGAACCACCGCGUAUAAUGCGGGAACCACCGCGUAUAGUGGCGAAAGCACCGUGUAUAAUGCCGAAAGCACCAUGCACCGUAUAAUGCUAAAAGCACCCAACAAAAUACCGUUUGAUCACUUUAAGCCAGCUAUGGCUUUCCAUAAAAGAAGAUCAAAGAUGAAAGAUGAUCACAUUAUCUGUUUGCCUUAUGCCUGACCGCGCUGCACCACGGUUAAAAUUCACUGGUACCGUCAUGCAAUGCGCCAAAUGGAAAAUUUUGAUUUCGACCCACAAAACAAAAUUAGGAUCUGCCUUGCUCGCUCGCUUCAGGCUCGCUCGCUGCGGCAGCAAUUAUACGCAUUAGUUUUGAGCGCGUGUUAUACUUAACUUGAUAAAUUUACAGAAUAAAGUUAAUAAAUUUAUACUGCAGUAAUAAAUUUAUGUGGUGUUUCUAAAAACAAUAGUAUUAUAUGUUUUAUCGUUCCGCUGCCUUUAAACCUGCAAAGAACUUUCAGAACUCACUGACACAUUCCAACAGUCUGCUUUGCAAUCUAAAUCAUUCUGACCAUUUCUGACUUUAGUUUGAAUAGCUCUGACUGAAUAUGUGCCUUAAAUAUUAGCCAGCUUUGCAGAAGCAAUGUUGGCUAUUAGCGAAGCUCGGAACCAAUGUUUGAAGUCUUAAGUCUGAAGUCUGAAGUCUGAAGUCUGAAGUCUGAAGUCUGAAGUCUGAAGUCUGAAGUCUGAAGUCCGAAGUCUGAAGUCUGAAGUCCCUUCACGGCUUCCGUAAUAGAUGGAUUGUCAAACGUCUUGAUGAGAACAUUCGUAUUCUUCACCAAUUUAGCAAAAUAAAUUAAUGAUAUUUGGUGAGAAAAUUGAACUUAAAGUUUACUGGGUAAAUCAGCAUCAUUUUGUAUCAGAUAUACUAGGCAAAGUCCUUCACAAUCUGCAUAAAUUCUUUCGCGUUUUUCCCCAUGAAUUAUUAAAAUGAGUUGCACAAUAUAAAAACUAAUGAAUGACAUUAGAAGACGGAAAAUCUAAGUUUGUAACUUAUUUCAAACAUUUUGGUCAUUUUCACAGAGGAGAUUCCCACACUUGUGGACGACCGAAGAGAGCAAAAUAUUUCAGUUGAAACAUUAGCUGAUGACAGAGUAAUCGCGGAUGUGAUCGAAACACAGAUAAAGAUGGCGGAGAGAGACGCUGAGUGGAAAAAAGCUGCUGAGGUUUUGAAUAUCUAUUCACUGAUCAUUCAUAUUCUGGUUGUACUAUUCACGUUCUGUUUGGUUUUCAUUGACGCACGUCAUGACGCAUGA